GUGUGUGUGUGUGUGUGUGUGUGUGUGUGUGUGUCAGUCACAGUCUCAGUGCAGCCGUGUGUAAGGUCAGGGGUUUAUCGUAAGACUGAAUGGUGAACCUCUGCGGCCGCUAAUUUACGUGGGUGUGGUUAUUUUUAAGCAUCACUGUGUCCGUGCCACGCGAUGCACCAUGGAGGAGGUCCACCAAACGCACAGCGAAAUCCUCAAAGAUCCAAAUCCUUCACUGGCUCUGAAACAGAGGAGCAGCAACAGCAACCAGUCACACAACAACAACCCACAGCUGUCACUCAUCCACAGUCGCCGGUGACGACGUUCACAACGGCAGCGAGCCCCGCAGUCCCAGCUCCUCAAUCCCCGAACUACCAGAUCAUCAUGAGUCGAAGUCCCGUGGCCGGGCAGAACAUGAACAUCACGUUACAGAACGUGGGGCCCAUGGGGCCGAACCAGCAGAUCACGCUGACGCCGCUGCCCCUGCAGAGUCCAGCGUCGCCUGGGUUCCAGCACCAAGCUUCGCAGUGGAGGUUCGAGCACCCGUCUUAUAUCCAAGUGACUCCGUCGCUUCCUCAGUCGAUUCAGCCUCAGAGUCCGACCCAGCACAGCCCCGUCUCCCUGCAGGCCGUGUCCAGGCCGGGUGCCGCUCUCGGGGUGUGCGCGCAAAGCCCUACACGGUUUGUCGAAACUGGAAUCAUAAUGCGGCAGAUCAACAUCAACAGCCCGCCCGGAAGCGGAUCUUAUGUGUACCAGGAUAACGCCGGUUUGACCCCGCUGGCCCCGACGGCGGUCGGCACGGUGCAGCUGGCUUCCCCGGCCGGGACGCCGGCGUCUGUUAGGGAGAGACGCCUCUCUCAGCCCCAUUCCCAGACCGGCGGCACUAUCCAUCACCUCGGCCCGCAGAGUCCUGUCGCCUCCGGUGCCACUCUCCCGGCUUUAGUCAGUCCUGGUCACAUCACCACAUCCAACCUUCCUCCUCAGAUCAGCAGCAUUAUACAGGGACAGCUUCGGCCCGUUGUCACGACGUCCGGAAUGACGUCCUUCGGAGCCGCCCCACCUUCCAGUCCUUCUCGGAGUACCGCGAACCCCCCGCUGACCCCAAAGAAGGUACAGCCCAAGAAGCUGGAGGAGAUCGCGCCUGCUAACGCCGAGGUGGCCCAGCUGAGGAAGCAGUGCUUGGAGCAUCACACCAAGAAGAUGGACGGCCUGAAGGAUGUCUUCAAGGACUACCUGAUCGAGCUGUUCUUUCUCCAACACCUGCAGGGCAACAUGAUGGACUACCUGGCCUUUAAGAAAAAGCCGUGCGUGCCGCUCUUCACCUACCUGAGGCAGAACGAUCUGGACCUCGAAGACGAGGAGGAAGAAGAAGAACAAUCCGAAGUCAUCAACGACGAGGGACACGAGCGUUGUGCGAGCGUUGUAUGUACGUCUGUUUCUAUGACAACCACUCAGGUGAAAGUAGUGACGGGAAAGGAUGGCCAGGCGGUGACGCCCGUCGCCAUAUCCACCCAGCUCCCGCCCAACGUCUCGGCGGCGUUCUCCACCCAGCCGCAGUUUCAGGCGUCAUCAGGUGGCAACAUUUCCAAUCCCGUGGACAUGGAGGCUUUUAAACGGCAGCAGGCUUUGGCUCAAGCAGGCGGUAUGCCCCCAACACCACAGACUGUCCAGAUAGGUGGCCAGAACCAAAACCAGCAGCGGUACGACCCAUCCAAAGGCCCCCCGGUGCAGAACGCUGCCAGUCUCCACACACCCCCGCCCCAGCUGCCUGGGCGACUCCCUCAAGCUACACUACCCAUGGCCACUUUGCCCCCAGCUCUCUCUCAGACGCAGCCCGUGGUGUUGGAGCAGCAGUGCCAGGCACCCGGUGGGCAGCUCCAGGCCCAGGUGAAGCUGCAGGGGGCAGGGGCUGUACUGGCUGCAGUGAACCCACACCCACAGCUGCAGAUGCAGCUCCAAAUACAGCAGCAGACGCAGCCGGUCAUGCAGCCAGGACAGGCCACCGUGACGCUCGUCCGACCCGGAGCGGAGAUGUCCCAGGCCGCGCAGCGUCUGAUGUCCAACCCCCUUUCCUCCUCCGCUGUGGCCACUACACCCUUAUCCUCUUUGCCGUCCCCUCUCCCGUCCGCCCCGCUCCGUACCCCUGUGCCUCACACGCUGUCCCCCGCCUCGCACUCCAAACUCGCGGCCGCCAACGGCACUGCGGCUCUGAAGCUCCCCACUCUGAGCCAGGGUUCGGCUACAAGCAGCGCCCAGGAGAGCUCACAGGACAAGCAGGCAGAGCAGGCUAAACUGGAAAGCCAAGUGCAUCAACGCAUUGCUGAGCUCAGGAAGGAGGGCCAGUGGUCAGCUAGCCGCCUCCCCAAACUGCAGGAAGCCAGCAGGCCCAAAUCUCACUGGGACUAUCUGCUGGAGGAGAUGCAGUGGAUGGCUGCUGAUUUUGCCCAGGAGAGGCGCUGGAAGAUGGCUGCUGCCAAAAAGCUGGUGCGCACUUGUGCUCGUUACCAUGUCGAGGUGAGGAAGGCCGAGGAGAGGAAGAAGACGGAGGAGGAGCUGAGGCUGAGGAACAUCGCCAGCGUCAUUGCGCGUGAGGUGGACUACUUCUGGUCCAACAUUGAACAGGUUGUGGAAAUCAAACUCCAUUUGGAAAUCUCAGACAAAAGACAGAAAGCACUCAGGCUACAGAAAUCAAAAAGCAAAGGACAAAGCGGUAAAUCUUCUCAAGCCUCAGGAGACAAGGACAGCAGAGUGGAGUCCGGGAGCUCCACCCGCAAGAGGAAGUCGAGCACCACUAUGUCUGAUGAGGAAGCUGAAGAUGAGGAGAGCACUAUAGAGGAGCAGGAGGCUAUGGAAGUCCCUGCUGAGCAAAAAGAGGAGCUUGUUGAGCUCACCAAGGAAGCCGAGGUGCCAUUGGAAACCCUGGUGAAGAAAUACGCCGGCGCGUACGCUGAGGGAUUCGAGUGGCCGCAGCCUGCCUGCCAGAGCGAGGACGAGGACAAAGAUGAAGUCGAAGACAUGGACAGUUGUCCCCUGGACAGUCCUCACGAGGCGGUUCUCAUCGAUACGCUCUUGAGCGAGGAGCAGUACCGCGGACCCGACCGGAGCACCGGCAGCGCCGACGGCAAACCCACAAAGGAUAUAGCGGAAGUGUCCCGGGCAACAGAUCUGAUCCUGCCCAAAGGCAGCGCCAGGACUACACCUACUUCUCGUCUUUCCAUGCCUUCCCUCCUUCAUGGCUCUCUAAGAGAUUACCAGCUGGUGGGUGUCGAGUGGUUGGCUAACCUGCACCGGAAACACCUCAACGGCAUUCUGGCAGACGAGACCGGACUGGGCAAGACCGUCCAGACGGUGGCGUACCUCGCGCACCUGGCCUGUCAAGAAGGUAUAUGGGGCCCCCAUCUGGUGGUGGUGAGAACGUGCAAGCUGCUCAACUGGGAACUGGAGUUUAAGCGCUGGUGCCCGGGCCUCAAAAUCCUCCUGUACUUGGGCGGCAAGAGAGAACGCAGAUACAAACGAUCGUGGUGGUCCGAACGCAACAGCUUCCACGUUUGCGUCACGUCAUACAAGCUGCUGCUGAAAGACCAGGCUCACUUCCUGAAGCGUCGCUGGAGGCACCUGGUGCUGGACGAAGUGCAGCUGAUCAAGAACCUGACCGAGAAACACUGGGAGACCAUCUUCACCCUGAGGAGUCAGCAGAGGAUCUUGCUGAUCAACACCCCUCUACAGAACACACUGAGGGAGCUGUGGACCAUGAUUCACUUCCUCCUGCCUGGGAUCACUCGCUCGUUUCUUGACUUCCCCAUCCAACCCGGAGCAGACCAGAACCAGGACUACUGCCACAAGCUGGUCAUCAGACUCCACAGGAUGAUCCAGCCCUUCAUCCUGCGUCGCUCCAAGAGAGACGUGGAGAAGCAGCUGCCCAAGAAGUACGAGCACAUCCUGAAGUGCCGGCUCUCGGCGAGACAGAAGAGCAUGUACGAGGACAUCCUGACGCAGCCCAGUGCUCAGGAGGCCCUAAAGACCGGACACUUCGUAAGCGUGCUGCAAGUUCUAAUGCAGCUGCAGAGGAUCUGUAAUCACCCAGACUUGAUCCAGAUCAGAGAGACCGCCAGCUCGUACACGUGCCAAAGCCUGCAGUACAACACGCCGUCGUUACUGCUCACAGCCCUGCACAAGGACCAGUGGAAGACGGUGGACCUGUCCCUGUUUGAUCUGAUCAGUAACGAGGGCAGACUGACGCGCUUCGAGAGCACAGAGGUUCUUCCCAAACUGCGUCUGAGGCAGCAGCUGAUCGAGGAGAUCCACAGCGCCCCUGAGCCUCCACCCAGACCCCGAGUCUGCAAGAUCAAACCCAGCAGGUUGUUCCUGCCAGUGCAGUACGGGACAAAACCAGAAGGACGUCUCGUGCCCCAGGUCAACACCUCGCAAGUUCAGCGCUCCACCGCGGCCACCACCACUACCACCCCCACCACCACUUCUGCCCCUGCUGCUGUUGCUCAGAACGCCCAGGCCAGGGGCAAAUCACCCGUUACUACCACCUCAUCCGCUCAGGCCUGCAGCACACCAGGACUCGCUGUUGCAGCUGCCCCCUCCACUGCCACUCUGGCUUUAGGUGUAGCAGGGGUGGGUGCUGUAGGCCCCAGACCUGCUCUCACCCCUCAGCCUCUAUCCACUCACCCCCUGCUGCCCCAGAGGCUGGUCCUCAGCUCCCAGGCCCAGGCUCGCUUGCCUAGUGGAGACACGGUGAAAGUGGCUCAGCUGGCGUCUAUAACAGGCGCUCAGAAUCGGAUAGCGCAGACCGAGACCCCGGUCACGUUACAGUUCCAGGGCAACAAGUUCACUCUGUCACCCAGCCAGCUGCGUCAGCUCACCACAGGACAGCCUCUCCAGCUCCAAGGUAACAUCCUGCAGAUCGUACCCGCCCCGGGGCAGACUCUCCCCAGGCCGACGGGCCCCUUGGUGAUGCAGCCGAUGCCCCAGCCCGUUCCCGUUCAAAACUCCACAGGCCCUCAGGUGGCGCUCCCUCCACCCACCCCUACACCUCCACAGGUGGGCGCGAAUGUUGGUGCUACGGCUGCAACGUCGACUCCCACAGGCGCAACACACAACACCAAACCCUCCACCAACGCUGCACCACAACAGUCGAGUGAGGAGAAGAAGAGGCAGCUGAAGGAGCGCCUGAGCCGCCUGUUCAGCGUUAACGAGCGGCGCGUCCAGCGCUCCGUCCUCUACGGGGCCGACCUGAUCGAGGCCUGCUCAGUGACCAGGGGACGCGCUCCUCCUCCUCUCGCUGAUCCCAAGCACUCGCGCUGGGCCUGGGUGGGCAGAGAUGCCUGUCUGAAGGCCCAGCAGAACAGCGUUUACGCCACAGACUCACUUCGACUGACUCUUCGCUCCCAUACAGACAGACUGCAGGAAGGAGGCAGCCUCAUCAAAAGGCUGUCCUGUAUUCUUCCUGUCUCUGUAGCACCGCCCCCUCAGCUUUACGCAGCCAACCCGCCGCCGCCAUACAGUCUGGAGCAGAAAUCGUUGGUGCGUCAGCUUCGGGAAGUCUCCGCCCCCUAUAACUCGGAGGUCCGGGCUCUGGCGUGCCCGGUUACGUUUGAGCUCCCUGAUAAACACCUGCUGGAGAUGGACUCAGGUAAGCUGGAGGCGUUGUCUAUCCUGCUACACAAGCUGAAGGCGGAGGGCAGGAGAGUCCUCGUCUUCACUCAGAUGGCCAGCAUGCUCGACAUCCUGGAGACUUUCCUGGACCGCAGGCAUUUUACGUUUGUACGACUGGAUGAAAGCCUCUCCCACCAUGAAAGACAGGAUCAGAUGAAGGUGUUUAACUGCAACAGGCGGUUCUUCUGUGCCAUCCUGACCAACCGUUGCUGCUCUGCCGUGGGCCACGUGUUCGACGCGGACACGGUCGUGUUCUACGACACGGAUCUCAACCCCAGCAUGGACGCCCGCACGCAGGAGUGGUGUGACAGAGUCGGACGCUCCAAAGACAUCCACAUCUACAGGCUGGAGAGCGGAAACUCCAUAGAGGAGAAAUUACUGAAGAACGGCACUAAGGACCUGAUCAGAGAAGUGGCAGCACAAGGCACAGACUACACACUCGCCUUCCUCACACAGCGCACCAUCCAAGACCUGUUUGAGGUCGAAGCCGGAUCCGGAGAGAAGGUCGAGGAGUUCGUCGUGCUGCACCAGGAGCCGUCUCCGUCAGAAUCCAUCCCUCCUCACGUGGCCAGGCCGUACAUCCAGGCCCUCAACACCAUCACGAUGCAGACGCUUCACCCAGACGAGGGGCUGGAGGUGAAAAAGCGAGAGAAAGCGGAAGGGCAAAAGGAGCAGGUUGAGGAGUCUGAGGUGACGGAUGAGACUUCUCAGCUGGAAGAGCUGGCGUCUGUCGUAGAACAGCUUACUCCAAUUGAGAGAUACGCACUCCAGUACCUGGAAUAUCUUCACAUCAGCGAAGACGAGGCUGCUGCAAAGGAGCGCAUCGAAGCCGCUAAACGCACCUGGGAGGUGCGGCAGCAACUGAAGCGAAAGCAGGACGAAGAGGCGCAGGCUGCUCUGGAAGACGAAGAGGAUCUCUUCACGUACACCAGAGAGGAUGCCUACAACAUGGAGUACGUGUUCGAGUCUGCAGACGGUCAGACAGAAAUGAUGCCACUGUGGACUCCCCCGACGCCUCCUCAGGACGAUAACGACAUCUACAUCGACUCCGUCAUCUGCCUCAUGUACGACUCCGCCCCCAUGCCCGAGUCCAAACUGCCCCCGGUGUACAUCCGCAAAGAGCACAAGAGACCCAAGAUGGACCCGUCUGCCAUGGGUCGUAAGAAGAAGAAGGGUCACGGCGAGGCGGUGAUCCCCCCACGGUCGCUCUUCGAUAAGGCGAGCAUGCUGAAGGUGCGGAGAGAAGGAAAGGACCAGAAGAAGAACUUCUCUCUUAAACAGCAAGCUCCGUUCGCCAAGCCGCUGCCCUCGCUGGUCAAACCCACCAUGGAGCCGGGACAGGACAACCCAGAGUGGCUGAUUAGUGAAGACUGGGCGCUGCUACAGGCUGUGAAGCAGCUGCUCGAGCUCCCUCUGAACCUGACCAUCGUGUCUCCGGCUCACACUCCCAACUGGGACUUGGUGAGCGACGUGGUGAGCUCCUGCAGCAGGAUCUACCGCUCGCCCAAACAGUGCCGCAGCCGCUACGAGAACGUCAUCAUCCCCCGCGAGGAGGGCAAGUUGAUUUACGAGGCUAAUCCCAAGAAGAAGACCAAGAGCAUCUAUAAGACGAAAAACAGCCGCCCGCUGCGCACGUGUCAGAUCUACACCCAGGACGACAACGCCACCCAGAUCCAGCUCUACAACAACCGCUUUGAGCUCAUGAAGAUCAUCGCCAGCAAGAGGAGUGCUCCGAUAAAACCUCUGCUGGGUAUGAAUCCGUUCCAGAAGAACCCUAAGCAUGCUUCCGUCUUGGCUGAAAGCGGGAUCAGCUAUGAUAAACCCCUGCCUCCCAUCCAGGUGGCCUCUCAGAGAGCGGAGAGAAUCGCUAAAGAGAAGAAGGCUCAGGCAGAGCAACAGCGGGCUCAGCAGUUAGCUCAGCAGCAGCAGCAGCAAGCACCAGGAGCUGCCCCUGGGACCCCAGGAGCCACCGCUCAGCCUCAAGCCCAGCCGCAGGUCGCCACCGCUGGACUACAGGCUGCUGGAGUUCCUCAGGGCACACAGCAAGGAGCUGCCGCAGUCCCCAACACCGCCGUGCUGACCGGAGCUAUUAAGACAGCCGCUGCUGGCACUGCCAUUCAGACAGCAGCUGCAGUUGGCGGGAACGUGAUCGUGAACACAGUAGCCAGCGUUCCUCCAGGCCAGUUUCAAGGAAACAAGCGACUCGCUUCUCCUGUCAUUCCCGGAGCUUUACCCGCUACAGCUGCUGCUACAGCUCAGGUGGUUCACACGCAGCAGAGGACGGUCGCUACUGCUCCCACCGCCACCCCUGCUGAGGUCGUCGCCAUAGCGACUAACCAGGGCGUUCGCGCUGUGACCCCGGUGACCGCCUCGACCGUGGUGUCCACGAGUCUGGCUCAGGUGCAGUCGCAGGCACGCUCGCUCGUAGCUCAAGGGAUUGGGAUGUCUCAGGCGAAACUCUCCCCGGCUCAACUACAGUUGCUCCGGCAGCAGCAGCUCCAACAACAACAGCAGCAACAACAGCCUCAGCAGCAGCAGGCUGCGUCUCCUCAGAUCAAAGCAGUGAACAAACCACAACAGAUGCACAAACAGAAGUUGCAGGUCGUGGCUGCUCAGGGCCAGCAGUCCACCGUUACCCAGCAGCCCCAGCAGGUCCAAACUGCUGCAACACCUCAGGCGGGCACGCAGCUCACCGCAGUGGCCACCGUGAACAGAGCUGGAACCAUGAUCACUGGGACCACGGCCUCUAACCUGCAGGUGGCCAGACUGACACGAGUCCCGGCUACAGCCACCGUCCCAGCGCAGGCGGGUCAGACAGCCCAGGUGACUCUGACCAAACCUCCUCCGGUGGUGUCUGUGCCCGUAGUGUCGUCCACCCUACCCGUGACCGUGGCUGGAAUCAGCGUGGCCAUCGGUCAGACGCAGAAAGUUGGAUCCAUGGUGGGUUCGUUCGUUCAUCAAGGUCAGCAGGUUCAGCAGUUGUUGCGACAGAAGCAGCAGGUGGCAGUGCAGCAGAAAGCAGGACAACCGCAACAGACGCAGGUUGCGGUGCCGCAGAAGGUCUCUCACACACUUUAUAUGAAAAGACCACAACUGGCAACUCAGCAGGCGGGUCAGACUACUCAGAAGGUGACGUACACCACUACGCAGCUCCAGCAGAGCAUUAAGACUCAGUUACUCACUUCUAUACCGCUCCAGAAAUCUGCCACGCAGCAGUUACAGGUCAAUAAAAUGCCACAGAUAGUGCAGCAGCAGAUAGUCUCCUCACCCCAGCAGGUCCAGGUUCAGGCUCAGACGGUGACUCUGACCCAGGCAGCUCCCGCAGCUCCGGCCGGAUCGUCUCCUCAGCCUCAGGCGCAGGUGAUCCCCGCAGGCGCCGCCUCGGCCGCAAAGGUAGUCCAUCAGAAACUCCUCCAGCAGCCACAGCAGCAGGUUACCGUUACCGUGGCAGCACCCGCGUCCUCACCUCAGAUCUCGGUGCCGGCUCCUCAAAGCCCCGCCCAGCAGCCGAACUCUGCAGUGACCCCCGCAGCCGACACGUCGGGACAGCAGCCUGGGACGCCGCAGCCACAACCGGGCAAAGGGAACGUCCGCGCAGGAACCGCCAUGCGCGCUAAAACACCCGCCAAACCCGGCGGAGGCAGCUAAACGCGCGCGCGCACACAGAAAAAGCUACACACACACAGUUUGUGAGUUCAUUGAGCAGACAUCCUCCACAUUUCCAGUGUCGUCAUCAUCAUCAGUGUGUCAUAAAGCUAAAGACUUGAGCAAAGACCCCUCUGGACAGGAUCACAACACACACACACUUAUAAAAAUAAAAUAAAAAAAAGACACACCACAGCGUAGAUGUUAACAGGAUUAUUAACACUUGUCUUUUUUUUUUUCUUUUUUUUUUACGUUGUCACACCAAUCUUUCUGUGUUUAUACACCUAGUAACAUUAGACGUUUGUUAUCUUUGGAAAAAGAAAAAAAAACAAACAAAAAAACUAAUCGAAUGUGUCCCUGACGCCCGUUACGUAUGAGCGUUUUUUUUUGUUUUUUUUUUUGAGGUAAUUCUAGACAUCCUGACAAAAAUCACGAGCCUUUAAAACACAAGUCUGAGUGUGUAAGCAUUAUACACUGCAAUCAUGUCCCUACUCUCCACUCUACAGUCUCGAUGAUGGACUAAUCUGCUGAUUAGAUGUUUGAGGUUUGUAUGUGUGUGGGGGUUAAAGUUAAAAGCCCCAGGACCUUUUUGAGAUCCCUUGUGCAUCUGUGCACUUCGUGUAAAUAUAUAUAUAUUUAGCUGAACGUCCUCUUUAGUCGUGGUCAGGUGAGACUAGUAGCGCGUGAACAUCCUGUCCAGGGUGUAGGAUUAGCCGUCUCGGGCGCCACGUUGGAUUAACGAGCAGGUCGAAAUCUGUCUUUGGAGACGAAGUGUUUGGUGUUAUGAAUGCUCCUGCUCAUCGUUCUUUUAUUUUACCGUUUUUUUUUUUUUUUUUUAAAGUUAGAAGUGUCGUAAACGUGCGAUUGUCAUGUUGUUUACCAGAGACGCACCGAUCCUAGAAGAAGAAGAGGAGAAGAUAUGCUAAAGACAGCAUGAUGGCGUAGUGCUAGUGGGUGAGACAUAAAUGAAUUGGUACAGCGUCUCGCACAGUGGUUCACAACAAAUAUUGAAAAAAUGUCACUGUCAUGGCCGGCAUCUAAUGUUUCAACCAUCCGUCUUUGGUCUAAAAUGAAUCCAGCAGCCAUUUCACUCACACAAAAACAUUAGGGAAAAUGUUCCUCGUGUUUAAUAUAUAUAUGGAAAAAAAGUAAAGACAGGUUUGGUGCAUCUCCGUGUGUGUGUGUGUGUGUAUGAGGACGUUACAUUUAAGCAGUGACUGACGUUUGAUAGUCGAACGGCUCAUAACGUCGGAGUGCAAAUGACGUUUUCUUUUGGGUUUUUUUCCUCUCUUAAUUCUCUACCAGCUGCACUGUAAAAUUGUAUUGAUGUUUCUGUAAGGUUUCAGAUUUCCUUCAUCUUUCAUAGAAAUUUGUCGUGAUUAUUUUUUUUUGUUUGUUUGUUUUUUUAAUUCACUCCUGAGGAACAAAUGUGUAAAUAACAGAAGGGAAGACAUUUGUAACUGUAAAGCAGUUGUGUUUUCAUUGGAUUUUUUUUUUCAACUCUAUAUAAAGUGUUGUUUUUAUACCAA